AUGGCACCGCCGCGCCGCGCUCUGCUCGUCCUCGCCGCUCUCCUCUUCCUCUCCCUCUCCCUUGCCGCCGCCGCCGCCUUCCGGUCCGACGAGCUCCUCCUCAACGACGACGACGAGUUCGAGGGCGUCGGCGCCCGCCCCUCCGCACCCUCCCCGGCGGCGGCCCCGGCGGUCUCCUCCUCCCGCCGCAGAUCCGCGGACGCGCCGUUGCCCGGGGCAGGCGAGUCCAACGCGGUGCAGUUCACGCUCGAGCACGACCUUGGCGGCGGCAAGGGCUUCGUCCCAGCUGGAACCUUCUCGGCCCGCCUCAAGACCCUCGCCCACGUCACGCAGACCCUCACUAAGCUUCGCUUUACAAGGAAUGAUUUAACUGAGGAUGAUAAAGUGGCAUUCAAAAAACUGCUUCAGGAAGAUGGCUUUUAUACAAUUAGGCUGCCAUCUAAUGUGUUGGACACCACAAAGAAACAUAAUGUUGUUUCUUCAAUCAAAGCUAGAUGCAUUCCACGUGACAGUUUGGAUGAACACAUUGUUAUCCACAUGGAUGGUGUAAAUAUUUUGGCAGUCAAUUAUGGCUCUGUUGGUGGAUGCCAAUACCCUAGGCCAAUGAAAUUGCCAUCAAAAUGGACAUUCAGCUCUUACACUAUCCUAAAGACUGCCGAACAGGCACCAAGAACCCCAUCAUUUGCAGAUCUGUUAAUAGAAGCUGACAAUGGUCUUGGCGAAGUAAUGAAACCACCUGAGAAAUCUUUCUGGGCUAAAUAUUGGAUGUACAUCAUUCCGCUUGGUCUUAUUGUCAUGAAUGCUGUUACAGCAGCUGCCAACAUACCAGAGGAAGCUGCAGGCCAGGGCCAACCUGGAGCACAACGGGCACCUGCUGCUGGGAGGAGGAGAUGA